ACAAAGCGAAGAUUCAUUGCGAAUCUCUCUCCUAUAAAUCCAUUACAAAAAUCUUCCCUCAAGGCACCACACAGUCUCCUUUGCGUUUACUUAAUAUCCAUAGUCCCAAAAAAAACAAAAACAAAAACAAAAAACAAGCAUAUUCUUGAAUCUUGAUAAAUAAUGGAUCAAGAAGGAGCAUCGCAGAGCACCUCCACUUCUACCGAACCGGUACGGUCACGCUGGUCACCUAAACCGGAGCAAAUCUUGAUACUCGAAUCCAUCUUUAACAGUGGUAUUGUUAACCCACCAAAAGACGAGACGGUGAGGAUAAGAAAGAUGCUUGAGAAAUUCGGUGCAGUGGGAGACGCAAACGUCUUCUACUGGUUUCAAAACCGACGGUCAAGAUCUCGCCGGAGACAGCGGCAGCUUCAAGCCGCCACCGCCGCACCCGCCACCUCAGGAGGAGCUGCAGACCACCAGCACAUGACAGCCAUGACCAUGCAUCAAUAUCCAUACAGAAACAGCGAGAUUGAUUUGGGAUUUGGAAGUUGUAGCAACUCAUCAUCAGCUAAUUACUUCCUUAAUGGAACUUCUUCGUCAUCUCAAGUCUCUUCUUUUUUACUCGGCCUCUCUUCUUCAAGUGGUGGGUGUGAGACCAAUGGCAUGGAGAAUUUUUUUACAAUGUUUGGCCAUGAAUCUGAUCAUCAUCAUCAGCAUAGCUCAAACGCUCAUUCGAUGUUUUGCCCUUCUGAUGAAAACUCCAAUUUCCAAUACCAACAAGGGUUAAUGACGGUGUUCAUAAAUGGGGUUCCGACGGAAGUAACAAAAGGAAGGAUAGACAUGAAAGCAACGUUCGGUGAAGAUUCGGUGUUACUUCAUUCCUCUGGUCUACCUCUUCCCACUGAUGAGUUUGGUUUCUUGAUGCAUUCUUUACAACAUGGCCAAGCUUAUUUCCUGGUACCGAGACAGACAUGAACUACUGAACUGGCUAUAUCUUGUGUGGAAACAUUAUACAGUCGAAUUAUUAUUUUAUUUUCUUUUUCUUUACGUCUAUUGAUUUUGUGUCUUUCGUGUAUAAUUGGAUUAAAUAAAUGUUGGACUCUGUCAGAUAUUUUGUUUUCUUGUCGA